AUGCUGGUCCACAAGGUGGCAAUCACUCUAUUAGGAUUGCUUUUGCCAUCACUGGCAGAAAUUGUAGACUUCAAAAUGCAAGCCAAUUGGAACAAAACACCGUUUAAACUCAACGUCCUGGAGACGUUUAGUGCAUACAACGAAUCGUUAUACCUUCCUCUCACACUCAAGCUUCUUGGGGUGGAAGUUUAUGAGGAUGGAAUUGAAUUGACCGAGCUGUCUUUGACCGACGAAGAGUACUACAAUUUUGCUUCCUCGCUGGUGGAGUCAGAUGAUCUGUUCUUUGUGAAGACUGAUUUGGCGUUAAGGACACACUCGCCGAGAAUCCAGGCACACCUGCAAACUUCCAGACCGGAAAAUUGUGGAAGAGCAUGCUCAAUCCAAGGAUCAAAUACGUAUCACCACCCAGACGACGUUUUUGCGUUAAAGACCGCCAAAGAUGACCCCAAAGACCUCUUAGCAUUUGAUCGGCUAAUCGGCCAUUCUAGCAACGUGUUUGUUUUAUACGGAGACUACUCUAGCAACGAUUUCCGGCAGUUCUUUGCGAAUUUUCUCGGUGAAGCAGAGUCUGGCAAACUCGCCUUUGUCUGGAGAUACAUUGUGCCUGAGGUUGAAGAAAAAGAGACACUUGCGGGAUACGCAAUCGAUUUGACCUUGAAACGGACAGAUUAUAUUGUUAUUGAUGACAGGGGAUUCACACCUGAGCAGAAGGCUAAGCUGGCGAUCGAAAAUAAACAAAAGCCUUUGGCUAUUGAUACGGGACUACUGGACCCUCAUCUCGAAGAUAUCCCGCGUAUGACCAAGGAAGAUCUCGAGGGAUUGUCUAAAAAACUGAUCAAGUACGUCCAGGACAAGGAUGGAGGUAUUGAGCUGCUAAGAAAACUCGUUUUGGACCUCCCCAAGUAUGCCCCAUCUAUUGCUCUCCAGCAAGAGCCUGACAGCGACUUCACCACCACAUCAUUCCCAGAGGGAAUCUAUAUUGACGGUGCUCUGGUUAGUGAUAAGUUUCCGGGCGUUUUCGAUGUUCUGAGGAAGCUCAAGAAGGAGAAACAACUUAUUGAUGGUCUCGGGUCUAUUGGGGUUUCAAAACAGGAGGCACAGAAUCUCAUCUAUCAGUUUUCCAACCAUUCCAUUCAUGCUGUUCAAAGACUUCCUCGGUACAACACGCUGGGCAGCGAGGCAAUCAUUUACUUCAAUAAUCCAGCAAAAGACUUUGCAUACAGAUACCAUGGAGAUGCUCGUGAACACUACAGUGUUUACGAUGGUGGUCACAUCCCUGCUGCUGCUGAGAAUAUCCACGACACGGCCUUUGUGAUCAACCCAACAGAUCCGUUACAACUUUAUUGUCUUCUGACCAUGUCCAAUUCGAUCCUGCGGAACUUAUUCUCGCAGCGCAUUGGAAUUGUUCCUUUGAUAAACUCUCCGGAGGAUCGGAUUGUCACAGAACAGUUGCUCCAGAUCAACCACGACAAAGGCCCAAUCGAGGCAUUGCGGUACCUGUUUACAGUGAAUGAAAUUCUUAAUAGCCCCGAGAGAGAAUUCGAGGAGGUUAUUCAGGUUGAGCCAACGCACAAGGAGGAGCUGCUGGAAAUUCUGGACGAGUUUAAGAAACAGUACUCUCUUGACGAACAGCCGUACUUGAUAGUGAAUGGUGUUUUCUACGAGUUUGAUCAAAAAUGGCAGUAUUUGGUCAGCAACCAAGUUCUGAACGAUGUGCAGUUCUUGCAGAAAGAACACAGACAGGGAAGAAUCCCGGAGGACAUCAAGUUUGAAGACUUUUUGCGCAAAGAUUCCAUCAAAAAGCGGGAUCCAUUCCUUAUUCCUGAAUCAUUUACAGACGUACAGUCCGCAUACAUCGCAGCUCCAAGUUUGGGAACAUUUAGGGAGCUUCAGAAACUGGCUCCCGGUGACGGCAUUGUUUUCAAUAUCAUUGGUCAGCUGUCGUGCUCCAAGUUCCGUGAGCAAGUCAAGGAGGCUUUCAAGAGUGGCACCAGCACAAGAAUUAUUGAUGUCACUAGUAAAAACAAUACUGCUACUCUGAAUGGAUUCAGCACUGUUGAAGAGCUUUCAAGUUUUCUGGAUAAUCAAUUUGCGGUUCAGCCAAUUGAUCAGGAGCUUUCUAGUCUGGUGUUGAAAUCAUUUGGAUUAAAAAGCGUGGACGACGUUUAUGUUGUUCUGAACGGCCGCAUGCUUGACUUGGACCAACACAGCAUUAUCACCUCCGACCAGCUCAAGCUUGUGUUGAAAAGAGAACAGGACCUCCGUUUCUCUGCAAUUGAAACGCGAGACGAUUACGAGUACCUCUCCUGGGUGAUUACAUCGUCCUUUUACGAGAACGAGGGGAACAUUGUUGUCUCACCUGUGCUCCCAAGGUAUCCAAUAGGGUCUUCAGGGUUUGUUUUCGAAUCUGGAGAUGGCUAUAUUGACGUCGAUUUGGUGAUGGACCCAGCUAGUGAACACGCUCAACAGCUACUUGGGCUUAGUGCUUUGCUGGAAAAGUUCAGCUUUGUACGGGUCCGUGUUUGGUACAAACCAUCUGACGCAGAGGACACCAUCAAGAGAUUAUACCAGGGAGUUUACCCAUCGGAAGUAGUCUUUGAUACGGAAGGAAACGAGGUCAGAAACUAUUCGGUGGUGUUUGACAACAUUCCAGAGAAGACGUUGUUCACUGCAGACGUCGACGUUGUGCCGUCCUGGGUGGUUUCCAUUAGAGAAGCAAAUGCCGAUUUGGAUAACAUCAAAGUCGAUUUGUCUGGCUCUGUUCACGGUGUUUACGAGCUGACGUCUAUUUUGGUGCAAGGCCAUGCCAGAUUGGACACCCAGUCCAUUCCUCCUGUUGGUUUAGCUUUGGAACUUGUUGAUCAGAACGGGAAGACCAGAACGGACACCAAUGUGAUGGCCAAUUUGGGAUACUUCCAGCUGAAGGCCAAUCCGGGAAUUUGGACUCUGCAACCUCAGGAAAGUCCAGAGCUUGAAUACGAUCUCGUGAGCAUAGAUACCGAGUUCAAAGCCAAGGUAAGUGACGCCAAGCUGGACCCAAUCCCAAUUUUUGACCUCUCAGGCACUACGAUUUAUCCAAUCAUGACGAAGAAAGCUGUUUCCACGUCGCUAUUUUCGUCUUUAUCCAAGUCGCUCAAAUCAUUCUUCAAACCAAAGUAUGCAGAUAUCAACAUUUUCACCGUUGCCAGCGGCCACCUGUACGAAAGAUUCCUUGGAAUCAUGACCGCUUCGGUGAUGGCACACACAAAGCACACCGUCAAGUUCUGGUUGAUCGAAAAUUACAUGUCCCCAAAGCUGAAGCAACAUCUUCCGCUAUUGGCAAAGCAUUACGGGUUCGAAUACGAGUUCAUCACAUACAAAUGGCCAACAUGGUUACGUGGUCAAAGAGAAAAACAGAGAACUAUCUGGGGAUACAAGAUCCUGUUCCUGGACGUGUUGUUCCCACAAACUCUUGACAAGGUAAUUUUUGUCGAUUCCGACCAGAUCGUCAGAACCGACAUGAAGGAGCUUGUGGAUAUAGAUUUGCAAGGGUCGGUCUACGGUUUCACACCUAUGUGCGACUCUCGUAAGGAAAUGGAAGGUUUCAGGUUCUGGAAACAGGGUUACUGGCAAACAUUGCUCGGCGACACGCUGAAAUACCAUAUCAGUGCAUUGUACGUUGUUGAUCUGAAGAAAUUCAGAGAGAUUGCUGCUGGAGACCGCUUGCGGCAGCACUACCAGUCGCUCUCUGCGGAUCCAAACUCGCUCAGCAAUUUGGACCAGGAUCUGCCAAACAACUUGCAACACACGAUUUCGAUCCAUUCGCUGCCACAGGAAUGGUUGUGGUGCGAAACAUGGUGCGACGAUGAGAGUCUGAAGAAAGCAAAGACCAUAGAUUUGUGCAAUAAUCCGCUCACCAAGGAGCCGAAACUCGACAGAGCUAGACGCCAGAUCCCCGAAUGGACCACCUACGACCAAGAAAUUGAAAACCUUCUCAAGGGAGGAAUUAUUCAUGACGAGCUAUAA